GAUACUUAUCCAUUCACCUGUCAAUGGCCAUUUGGGUUGUUUCCAGUUUCUGCUAUUUAUGAAUAUGGCUGCUGUGAACAUUCAUGUUCAAGCUUUGGACAGAUGUUUUUGAUUUUCUUGGGUAAUACCCUGGACAUGGAAUGGCUUGUUAUGUAUCUAACUUUUAAAGAAGCUGCCAAAUGUUGUCUCAAAGUGGUUGUGCUACUGUGCAUUCCCAACAGCAGUAUAUGAGAAUUCCAUUUGCUCCACAUCCUUCCACAUUUGGUGCAGUUUUAAAACGUUUAUCCAUUCCAGUGGGUGCGGAGUGUAAACAUUGUAGUGUGCAUCUCCCUGGGGCCUACUGUUAAACAUCUGUGCAUGUGUUUAUUGACGACUCGUACAUCUGAUGUGGUGAAGUAUUCAAAGUCCUAUGCCUAUUUAAAAAUUAGGUGAUUGUUUUUUUCUUAUUGAAUUACAAGAAUCGUUUACCUACUCUGGGCAUAAAGUCGUUUGUCACAUUGCGAAGUUGUAGCCGUUUCAAAACAUUUUGUAAGCAGUCAGAUUAGUUAGGUACUUAAAAAUAAGUAUAAUUGCUGACUGUGCCACAGAGCAGUUGAAGAGCAGAUGCUGAACCGAGAAAUCUGCGAGCUAGGCCUGUAUUUUGUGCGCCUAGAGUCCCGUGACCAAGGAGCCCACAACAUAAAAUAUUUACUUUUAAAGGACAACAAGAUAACAUAGUGUAAAACAAAGAAGUAAAAGGAAAUUCGCCCUGCGACGUAUCUAUUGAUGAUCGUGUGCGAUCAGGACCCCUUUGAGCCAUUUUGUAUCAUUAGGCAUAUUUUCAAAAUUGUUCAGAUCAUUUCAUUUAAUUAUCAAUGAAGCAUCCUUAGGAUGAUGAUAAUAAUAUAGCUGGACAUAAAAAUUAAACUGGGAUAAUAAGCUGAUAAAAUGCUGGGCUUUCUGUUUGGCUUUGAUCUUGAGUCAUGGACCACGAAAUAGCCAGCACCAGAAAGGCAAGUGAGAUUGAGUGUCCUCCGGGCACCGCUGCGGUAUUUCUCUAAAAAGCUGCUUCUAGGUGGCGCAUGCGCUUCACGGACGCCUGUCUCCGCCCUCCCGGAGGCGGGGUGGUGUUGCCGUUGGCAACCGCAGUAAACGGAGACCUUGGGCAGAUGCUGUGACUAGGAACUCGCUGCGGAGAUCGGCGCCUUCGAGGAAAUGAAGGAACCAGAUGAUCAGGAUACUGAUGGGGGAAAAUCAGAUAGAUCAAAGAGUGAUGAAAGGCAGUCUCGGUCCUUUAAAUCUGCAACAAGAUCUGCUAUGAAAGAGGAUUACAAAUCUUUGGAAGAUACCACAGAUGAAACAUUUACUGAAGGGGAAGAAUCAUAUUCAGGGGACAAUGACUCAUAUAUGGAACAUUUGGAAAGAAGUUCAAGUUCACUUCAAGAUGAUUAUGCAGAAAGCACUGGUGAAUCUCGGUAUAUGGAAACUCCUGUCCCAGCUGCAGAAGAGGCAGAGGAGGAAGUUAAGAAGAAAAUAUCAGAGAGCUUCUUCUACGAUUAUAUGGAACUUGUUUCGAUGCCUUUUGUGACUCCGGAUUCAAACAUACCACUGGAUCUUCUCACACUUGUACAUUCCUUUGGUUAUGACUGCAGAAAGCGGGCCAACCUACAACUUCUGGACAGCAAUACCGUGAUGUACAUAGCUGGGAACCAGCUGAUCCUUCUAAAUUUGAAAACCAAGGAACAGACUUACCUGCGAAGUAGCAGUGGCAGAGGAAUUGGUGUCAUUGGGGUUCACCCAUAUAAAACUUGCUUCACAGUAGCAGAGAAAGGAGUUUUCCCAAAGAUUAUCAUUUAUGAAUAUCCUUCUUUGAGGCCCUACAGAAUCCUUCAAGAUGGGACUGAGCUGGCCUAUGCUUACGUGGACUUUAACUACGAUGGUACCCUGCUGGCUUCUGUUGGCGGCAACCCCGAUCACACACUAACCAUCUGGAACUGGAAAGAAGAGCAGCCCCUACUGAGGACAAAAGCUUUUUCCCAGGAAGUGUUUAAGGUUACUUUCAAUCCUGAAAACGACGAGCAGCUUACUACAUCGGGAUCAGGCCACAUCAAGUUCUGGGAAAUGGCUCUAACAUUCACUGGCCUCAAGCUUCAGGGUUUCUUGGGUCGAUUUGGUAGAACAGCCACUACCGAUAUAGAAGGUUACAUGGAGCUCCCAGAUGGGAAGGUGCUCUCAGGGUCGGAAUGGGGCAACAUGCUGCUUUGGGAAGGCGGCCACAUCAAAAUCGAGCUGUGUCGAGCUGCAGGCAAGCCUUGUCACCAGGGUCCCAUUAACCAGAUAAUGCUGGACGAGGGUGAAGUCAUCACCAUUGGGUCAGAUGGAUGUGUUAGGAUAUGGGAUUUGGAGACAAUAGACACUGCUGAUACCACAGAUGAGACUGGAUUGUUAGAGAUUGAGCCCAUUAAUGAACUUCAAGUAGACAAGAGUGUCAAACUCUUCUCUAUGAUAAAAAUGAAUGAAACUGGAAACAACUUUUGGUUGGCUCAGGAUACCAAUGGAGGCAUAUGGAAGCUUGACCUCAGUUUUUCAAAUAUUACCCAAGAUCCAGAAUGCCUCUUCUCUUUCCAUUCUGGAGCCAUUGAAGCCUUGGCCGUGUCCCCUCUCACUUACCUCAUGGCCACUACUGGCUUAGACUGUUCUGUUAGACUCUAUGAUUUUUCUAGCAAAACUCCUUUGCUUCAGAUGAAAUUCAAACAAGGAGGUACUGCCCUUAUUUGGGUACCACGACUGGUAAGCUACACUGGAGGACAGAUUAUUGUAGGAUUUGAAGAUGGUGUUGUUCGAAUUCUUGACCUUUAUGAUCCAAAAGGGCUCACAAUUUUUGUGGGAAGGAAGAGAAUUUUGGAUGCAGAUAUUCGACUAAAAAAGGCUUUCAAACCCCACACUGCUCCUGUCACUGCUUUAGCUUAUGACCGUGAUGGAGAAAUUCUAGCCACAGGGAGUAAAGAUAAAACUGUCUUCUUCUUCGAAGUGGAAAAGGAUUAUAAACCAAUCGGUUAUAUUACUACCCCUGGACCUGUUUGCCAGUUAAUGGGGUCGGCAACCUCUCAUCCUGAAAGUACUUUACUGAUAAUCUGUGAGAAUGGCUAUGUUCUUGAAGCUCCAUUUCCAACUGUAAAGGAGGAAGAAGAGGAUCAUGAUGUAGUUUCCUAUGAAAUCAAAGACAUGUGCAUAAAAUGUUUCCAUUUCUCAAGUGUCAAAUCUAAGAUUCUGAGAUUAAUAGAAAUUGAAAAAAGAAAGAAACAAAAGGAGUUGAAGGAGAAGGAAAAGGAAGAAAGAAGGAAGAAGCUAGCAGAAGAGAUGGGAGAAGAUGGAGAAAGGGAACUCCACAGGGAAGAGGAGGAGGAGGAAGAGGAGCCAUUGCCUGAAAUCUUUAUUCCUUUAACCCCUUGCCACAUCCUCUGUGGAUUCUACUCUGGACCGGGGAAGUUCUGGGUUUCUUUGGGCGGCUAUGAUUCUGGUUUUCUGUAUCACUGUGAGUUCCCCCCAUACGACAGAAACAGUGAUAUCACAGUGAAGAAAGAUGAACCUUUUGAUUUCCGUCUUGUUGAGGAUACAGAGGAUAAUCCCAUCAGAACUAUCACUUUCAGCAUUACCCAAGAUAUGAUGUUUUGUGGAAUGCAAAAUGGAGCAAUUCGAGUCUAUAUCCUAAGUCAUGAUGAUCUUUCAUUGACCCACAUGGAGGAAUACUGGCACUUCAAUAUGCAUGACAAUGAUUAUGGAUGUGUUAAAUCCCUGUCCACUAGCUUUGAUGAUCGUUUCUUGGUGACUGCUGGAGCAGACAGUAAUAUCUUUGUUUUUAGCAUUCUUUCUGAAUUUGAGUUAAAGAAAGGCACGAAAGCCAAAGUGCCAUCUCCAAGGUUUGGGAUAGAAUCAGAACCAAUUCCAGAAGAUAUUGAUGAUCCUAAAGCCUACAGUAUUGAGAAUGCCAGAAGAAAAAGAGAACAUGACAAAUUAAUGAAAGAAGUGGCAGAGAUCAAGGCUGGAAAGAGAGAACGAAUCAAAGCUUUGAGGAAUGAAUUAUGGAAACUACUACAGAUGAAUGAAGAAUUACCAAAACAUAUGCAGUUCAAACGGACAGAUUUUGAUCUAGAUUCCAAAAUUCGUGCUGAGAUUGACAGAAAAACUGCUAAUAAAAUUCAUCAAGUGGAGAAGGAAUUAGCUUGGGAAAAAGAGAAACAUCACCUUGGCCUAAUGAAGCUACAGAAUAGAUUUCGUGAUUCAUUGGAAAGUGAUACUAUUGUGGUUCAUGCCAUACAAAGUGAUCACAAGAUAUCCUCCUAUAGGCUUGUGAAACCCUCUAAAUACACCAAAUCCAAACGGGCAAGUCAGUCAGAGAGAAGACCAAGCAAAUUUGAGAGGUUUGAAAAAGAGGGAACUGGAAGAAAGGAAAGCCAGAAAGAUACCGGUGGGAGUACUAGUGUGCCAGAAGAGUCAAUUAUAGAAAGAGGGAAGAAAUUUCGGCCUAAAACCCUAAGUGAAAUUAUGGUGGAAAAUCAAAUUGAGAAAACGAGGAAACUUAUAUUAAAAGCUGAAAGGGCCCAACUGAAGAUUCAGCAGAGAAAAAAGGAAUGGGAAGAACUGUACAAGAGUAAACCUGAUGAUGACUAUGAAGAUCCCAAACAUGUCCAAGCCAUCAAAGAGGCCCAGCUGUAUAUGGGGGACUUCAACCUGAAGACUGCCCCAGACUAUAAGAUACCUGAACACAUGAGAAUAAAUGCUGCCAAGAAGGAAGAGGACCUGGGAUACCUAGACUCCGUGGCCUAUUCAAAGAAAAUGCACAUGAACAAGUGCAUCGUCUCUCUCCGAGAUCUGAAGGUGGCUGUCAUCGAGGAAAUACAGUGCCUGGUGCAAGAACUGAAGAAUAUUCAGUCGACUCUUCACAUAUCCAAGCACGUCCCCAUUCCCCAAAUCCCUGAGAUACACCCGGAAGAAGUUCCAGAGAAGAGAUUUCAGUAUGACGAGAAAACCCUCCUAGCUUUUAAGCAACAGCUGAUGGAAAAUCAGGAUGAAAAGUCCCCGCAGGGGGAACAGGCAGGGUCUGCAGGCUCAGCUGGAGGAUUCCUCAAACUCUCUUCUGGAAAGGACGGGGAUUUGACGACACGUGAUUCCUCGUCUAGAUUGUUAAAAGCAUCAACAUUCAGUCUAGAUAUUCCAAAGUUCACGGAAUUCGAAAAAGCAGAUCCAACCGAAGUGGAGCUGGAGAUUAUGAGGAGGGAUGAAAUUAAACACUUGUACAUGCAGCAGUAUUUGAUCAACAGGAUCAAAGAACUGAUUGUCACUUUUGAUGCAGAACUCCGUCUCCUGAGACAUCAGAAACUGAAACUAGAUACUCAGAUGAAAUUAUCUGACCUGCACCAUGUCACGUUAUUUCAGGAAAUACUUCUCCUCAAGAAUUUUGAAAAACAGGAGAACAUACUUCAAGAGCGUGUUAAUUCAUUAGACAAAGAGGAACAGGACAUGCAGUGGAAAAUAAAUGAAACUCUUAAAGAGAUGGAAGAGAAGAAGAAUGAAGUUGCCAAGCUUCAGGAGCAAGAAAAGGCCCUCUAUGCUGGUUUCCAAGCAGCUCUUGGAGAAAACAAUAAAUUUGCUAACUUCCUCAUGAAGGUAUUAAAGAAGAGGAUUAAGCGGGUAAAGAGAAAGGAAGUUGAAGGAGAUGCUGAUGAAGAUGAGGAAAGUGAUGAAUCAAGUGAAGAAGAAUCCAGCUUGGAGAGUGACGAGGAUGAGUCUGUAUCUGAAGAUGAGGUUUUUGAUGAUUCUAUCUGCCCAACACAUUGUGACAUGGGUCUCUUUGAACUGGCCAUUCAACUUCGAGAGAAAAGGCUGGACAUUGAAGAGGCCUUAGUUGAAGAAAAGAAAAUUAUCGAUAACCUCAAAAAGGAAUAUGAUACAUUGUCCAAAAAAGUGAAAAUCGUGGCAACUAAUCUGAACGCAGCAGAGGAGGCCCUGGAGGCUUAUCAACGCGAGAAGCAGCAGCGGCUGAAUGAACUACUGGUCGUGAUUCCACUCAAGCUCCACCAGAUAGAGCACGUGGUGUUUGGAGAAAUCCCUAGUGAUCUUUCCGGAACGUUAGUCUUUUCUAACGGCUCCUUGGGACGGCUGCAAGAGCGAAUCGUACAGCUCCAGGAGGAGAAUGCCAAGCAGCAAAAACUGAACAGAGAAUGCCGGGAGAGGCGUAAACAGCUCAUCCGAGAAAAGAGAGAGAUGGCAAAAACUAUUCAGAAAAUGGAAGAAACAGUCAGUCAACUGAUGAUCAGCAAGUUUGGCCGUGUGAUAAACCUAGAAGCCCUUCAGACACUUUCUGUGAAUAUGACACUUGAAGAACUGAAGAUUAAAAAACUCCGAAAGGAGCUAGCAAACGCAAAGGAGAUGAAGAUGUGGGAGGAAAAGAUUGCUCAAAUGCGAUGGGAAUUGAUGAUGAAGACCAAAGAACACACCAAAAAGCUUCAUCAGAUGAAUGAUUUAUGUAUUGAAAAGCAGCAGCUUGAUUCUCAGCUGAAUACACUACAGAACCAGCAGGGCAAUGUCUUCCAGAGCCUUCGGAAAGCAGAUAUUGUGGCGAAAGAGAAGGUAACUGAAUUGAUCCAAGUCCAGGCAGAAAAGAUUUUGGCCUUAAAGGAAGAGAUUGCUGUUUUGCGUAAGAAAGGUGGCCUUAUCCUCCCACCCAUUCAUCCUCCACCAGACAAUGAAUGAAGCCCUGGGGCCUUUUAUUUUGCUUUUAUCCUACUGUUUUAAAGUGAACUUAUUUAAAAGCUGAAAACCAGAUCCAGUCAUGUCGUUUUAAUAAUUUUUCCCCACUUCGUUGUCUUAGAACUGACUGUAGCGCCCAACACCUCCUUGUUAUUGAACUGAACCAUUUUCCAUGUGUUUGGAACCAACUGGAUCGAAUAUGAAGUCUUAGAAGGCUGUACCUCAAAUCGCCAGAAAGCGCCUGUAAUAUAUCCUGCUUUAGGAAACUUGUUUUGUAGUUAUCUGAAUUUUUAGUCUUUGACAAGAAAAUCUAUCAUUCAAAGUAAACCUCCUUUUCUCAAUCAUUGGAUCCUUGGAAAAUAAACUUUGAGGUUACCA